AUGGCUGAAAGAAAUGUUUUAAUCACUAUUGCCUUAUGUGGAGAUGCAAGUGUUGGAAAAACAGGAAUUUUUAAACGUUUUAUUAAAGAUCAAUUCAGUAAAAAUGAAAAAUCAACAAUUUCUUGUGAUGUAGCUUGUAAGAAAAUGAAUGUUGAUGGAAGAUCUUAUAAUAUUCAAUUGUGGGAUACAGCUGGACAAGAAGUAUUUAGAGCUACUACUUCAACCUAUUUUAGAAAUAGACAUGUCAUGUUAUUUUGUUAUGACAUUACAAAAAAAGAAUCCUUUAACCAUGUUGAAGAUUGGAUUAAAGAGUUUGAGCAAGUCCAACGAGAGUCAAAUAAAACGAUUAAAUUUUUAAUAGGUUGUAAAAAAGAUGAAAAUGCUAAUCGUCAAGUCACUUCAAACGAAGGCAAAUUCUUUGCUAAACGAAAUAAUAUGACACAUUUUGAAUGUUCUGCUUUGAAUGGAGAAGGUGUCACUGAAAUUUUUGGAGCUGCUAUUGCUGAAUUACAAAAGACUGGGGGAAUUAUUGACCUUGAUCCAACUAAAGACAUUAACGUUGUCCAAAGACAAAAAAGACCAACUAUUUCACAACCAAAAACUUCUUCUAAUCAACAAAAAAAUAAAGAAGACACUACAGUUGACAUUCAACAAAAUCUAGCAAGUGGAGAGUCUGGAGAAGAAGAAGCUGGCUGUUGUUGA